AACUGUAGCUUUAACAUGAGCGAGGAAGACCAGUUAACUCUACUGGACGAGGAUUAUAGCGACCCGCCGGUGGAGACGCUCUCUCGGGCGGGCUUCAUUGCACUGUCCGUGGUCCUGGGAUUCAUCAUGACUUUCGGCUUUCUCAAUAACUUUAUCGUCUUAGUCCUCUUCUGUAGGUUUAAGACGCUUCGGACUCCGGUUAACAUGUUUCUUUUGAACAUCAGCGUCAGUGACAUGCUCGUGUGUAUGUUCGGGACGACCCUGAGCUUCGCGUCCAGUGUGCGGGGACGAUGGCUGCUCGGGCGGCACGGAUGUAUGUGGUACGGCUUCAUCAAUUCCUGCUUCGGAAUUGUGUCUCUGAUAUCCUUGGUGGUUCUUUCCUACGACCGCUACAGCACAAUGACAGUGUACCAUAAACAUGGUCCAGAUUAUCGCAAACCUCUGCUGGCAGUAGGGGGUUCCUGGCUGUACUCUUUGAUCUGGACAGUGCCACCCCUUCUGGGUUGGAGUAGUUAUGGACUGGAGGGGGCGGGGACAAGCUGCUCUGUGUCAUGGACCCAGCACACGACCCAGUCCCAUGCUUACAUCAUUUGCUUGUUUAUAUUCUGCUUGGGCCUACCAGUGCUCAUCAUGGUCUACUGCUAUGGGAGACUGCUGUACGCUGUCAAGCAGGUAGGGAAGAUUCGCAAGACGGCAGCCCGCAAAAGGGAAUACCAUGUUUUAUUUAUGGUUAUAACCACCGUGGUGUGUUACCUUUUGUGUUGGAUGCCAUACGGCAUUGUGGCCAUGAUGGCUACAUUUGGCCAACCAGGAAUUAUCUCACCUGUUGCCAGUGUGGUGCCAUCUCUACUUGCCAAGAGCAGCACAGUCAUUAACCCUCUAAUAUACAUCCUCAUGAACAAACAGUUCUACAGUUGUUUCCUGAUGUUGUUCUGCUGUCAGAGAAAGUCAAUGCAGAAUGGUCACUCCUCUAUGCCCUCAAAGACAACGGUCAUUCAGCUUCACCGUAGAGUCUACAGCAACACAGUAGCCUGCACCGCCCAGAUCUCCACUGGGAUCCACAACCACGACUGCAGUACUCCUGCCACUGAGAGAAACAACCUCCCAGAGAUCACCCCCUAACCUGGGCCAUCACAGCACAAACAAUACUGCCACUGCUGUUCAACCUCCGCUCUGUGAAAAUCAGGGUUCCCACAUCUCCUGACCAAUGAAUUUCCAUGAUUUUAUCAUGACUUCACCACAGGAUUCCCUCACCUUUUGAAAAAUUACUCUUCCUGUUCUUCGUGAUUACUGGAAAAGGAUUUUAAAUAAUCAUUUUAUAGAGUUUGCACUCGGAAAACACAAUUUCUCGCCAAUGGCAUAUUUUAGACCAAAGCAACUCUAGAAAAAAUAAAAAAUAAUAAUAAUAAAAUGACUUGAAAUUCCAUGACUUUUCAGGAUUUUAAGAACGUCUGGGAAUCACAAUUUAAAAAAUUUCUGAUAUUUCCAUGACCGUGGGAACCCUGGCAUGCAGUAUGUGCAUGUACCAGCAAUUAAAUGUCGCUGUCAUCUUUAAACUUAAAACAGUAUAUAAUGUGCACGUGCAUGUCAAUCAAAUGAUGCACAACAUGGAAAAGAGGCGCAAUCAUCAUGAUCAAAACAAUAUUUGAAGUCAAACUUGCGAUUUAAGUUAACCAUAAUUAAUUGAAAUCCUAUAUGUACACAAAUAUAUUCAUUUUAAAAUGAAAAAUAACUUUAAUAAUGAGUGGUCCCUUACAUUAUUUGUUUACAAGAAAAAGUGAUUGAUUACAGAUCCGAUUAAUUGAUUAGAAUUAAUCGACAAACGAAACAAUUAUGAAACUAUUAGUUUUUAUUAUCCACUUUCAUAUUUUUCUGUAUUUUGCUCUUGGCAACUGGGGUAAGAAAACAAAAGUGACAUCUUGUUUACAUUCUUAAACUAGUCAGUGUUAUGCAAUGUAUUAUUAGAAGCUACUGAGCUCUUUUUUACAGUCCCAGCAUACCACUGUGUAUUCAGUCUUUUUUUUGCAGAAUUGCGACUGAAGGAUGAGUUGUAAAAUGAAUGUUAAUUGUUUUUCCCAGUUAUGUUAUAUGUAGCGAGUUAUAUUGCUGUCUGAGCCGUGGCCACUGAUGUAUAGAAACCUCUUCUACCAUAAAGAGGAGAGGUACUAUGCUGCCAUUGAUUCACGAGCACUUCAUAACAGUUAAGACAGCAUUGUUUGGGGUAAAGUGCAAUAAGAAAAUAACUGUAUUUCCAGAGGGGGAACUUUCAUCCCCAAAAUUCAAAACCUGAUGCAUAAUACAUACAGUACUGUGCAAAUGUUUUAGGCACUUGUGAAAACUAGUAAAACACAUAGUGUGGAUGUCUUCAAAAACAAUGCCAUAAAUAUUUUUCAUUUAUCAAUUAACGUCAUACAAGGUGCAGUAAACAUAAAACAAGCUAAAUCAAUAUUUGGUGUGACAACCUUUGCUUUCAAAACAGCACCAAUUAUUAUAGGUACACCUGGACACAGUUUUUCUUGGUUGUUGGCAGAUAGGAUGUUCCAAGCUUCUUGGAGAAUUCGCCACAGUUCUUCUAUCUAUUUCGGCUGUCUCAAUUGCUUCUGUCUCUUUAUGUAAUCUCAGACAGACAUGAUGUUCAGCUGGGAGCUUUGUGGGUGCCAUGACAUCUGUUGCAGGGCUCCCUGUUCUUCUAUUCUAAUCUUUUCUAUUUACAAAAGUAACAUUAGGAGUCUAACAUUUAUAUUUCCAGUUGACACACUAAAGCUGAAGAUAUAAAUAACCAUCUUAAGACAAAUGCUUUUGUGAAACAUCUUAUGUGCCUCACACUUUUGCACAGUACUGUAUAUGAACAUUUCACUUGGGAUCAAGGACGAUAAAUUCACUAGUGAUUUCUUAGGGGAUAUAAAGAACUUAUUUUACAUUUGAAACUUGAUGAAUGUAUGCCUGGGGUUGAAUGGUGUCUCGAGGGACUAGAUGACACUGCUCAAACUCAACUAACAUCACGCCCGUCUCAAAAACCCUGAAAAGAUUGUGUAUGAAGUAGUGCCAAACAUGGGAAGGGGACAUUGUGAGCAUUUCUGUGUGUAAGUGCGUCUGUUUAUUUAUUUGUAAGUCAAGAAAUUACCCACAGCUUAAAUUGUUAUGACAUUUCAAGACGGAUAUUUGCCUGUCAACUUGUCAGAAUACUGUUGUGCCAUUUUGUUCAAGGAUAUGUGCAGAUCAAUCUAUAGCUAAAGGAGUGCUAACUGAUUGAAGAAAAAGACUUAUGAGUACUGUCUCUGCUAAAGUGUUUGUGAUUUUAUAAAUAGGGAAGGCAUAAACAGCCCUUAAAUGAUUCUGAAUUGUGUGCUGUCUUCGUUACUUAAACCAACUGAAUUUUCAUCCUUUCCAAACCAUGAAAUAUAUCUGGCACUUGUCAUGAAUAGGGUACAAAAACAUUUUUUUCAUUUUUUUUCAACAACGGUCAAUAAAAAGAGGGCUUGAUUUUCAUAAAAUAUUGAUCAUCAAUGUCAGGAAGUUAAACCGUGUAUUUUCUAUUAAUUUUCUAUGCAUUGCAGUGUGUAAAUAGUUUAAAACCCUGCAGUUUUCUAGCAAUACAAAUUAAAUAAACAUCAAAAUAAAAUAUACAAAAUGUAAUAAAGUGAAAAACAAAAGUAAACCAGAACAGGGUUGAAAGUAACGAUUGCAAAUUUAGCCAAAAUUAAGCUAGGAUUUAGUAGAAACUAAGUAGUUUGGGACCAAAUGUUAGUUUGUAGUAAAUGAUAAAUGUAUAUUUCCUAAAAAUUAAAGAAAAUAUUUGAUCAUUUUUUUCUUACAAUAACUUUGAUAUCAGAGUUUGAAUGUCAGCACUACAAUUUCUGUAAAAUUUAGAAAAUAGAUUGUGAUUAUUGUCUUCCUGUCAUGAUGCAGAUAGAGUCCAAAUGAUGUUAUGUGUUGGAUGUCAAAAAAAACAAACCAAAAAUUGUAAUAAGGGAACACAAGACAUUUUUGGUAAUUAAACUUAAUAAUUCUAAAUAGUUUGUACUACAACGAAUAGAAUAUCUAUUCUCAAAAUUAUUUGUUUUUAUAUAUUUUUUUUUUAUAUAAAAGCUGGAUACAGUCACUAAGAGUUCAUCUAAGGCUAUGUCCACAUUAAUCCGUAUACAUUUGAAAAUGGCUUUUUAUUUUCUAAAUGCUCUCCAUCCACACUGCCGUUUUCAAGCAUUUUCCAAAAGUUGCUCGUCCACACUAUAACGUAUGAAAACUCUUAAAUCCCAUUACUGCGCAUGUGAAAAAUUGCCGUUUCAUGUACGGGCUGAAACACAACUGUCCACGCAUUUCGUCGCCGGACAGCAACUCAGAGUAAACUUUACAUCACUUAUGAAAGGAUGCAUUGUAAAGGUUGUACAAAGUAACAUAUAUCUUUAACAAUGCUCUCAAAGUGAAUAACAGGCACAAUUAUGCCGUUAAUGCUUUAAAAAAAAUAUUAGGACAUUAAAGUGUUCUCUACGCGUGGAAAGUGUCAACUAGCUUCCCACUUUACAAAACAACAAAGCAUGCAGCACUACAUACAGCAAAUCACCAUAUAUAUGCCACACCAGUCCUUCUUCAACCAUUACCAUAGAAUCAGGGCCUACACUGUAAAGAGAGUUUGUCUGUGUCUGUGAUACGGCUGGAUAUCUAACACCUGUUCAAAAAGAACGGCUGCAGAUGAUUACUCUUGAGCCUGUAGCAAUGUCAUGCUGAAUUUUAUCAGCAAUGCUGAGGUCUUAUGAAAGGAGAGGUGAGUGAAAUGAAUUUUGCUGCAAGGUAACCAGAAGCAGUGGUGGUGUGGAAUAUGGCCAAUGGAACACUACUGGUCAGAUCCCUCUUAACCUUAAAGGCCAACUGUGGCAAAAUUACAACACUCGCAAUUAAAUAAUUCCUAUAUAUCCAUAUAUAUACACUAUAUUGCCAAAAGUAUUCGCUCACCCAUCCAAAUAAUUGAAUUCAGGUGUUCCAAUCACUUCCAUGGCCACAGGUGUAUAAAAUGAAGCACCUAGGCAUGCAGAUUGCUUCUACAAACAUUUGUGAAAGAAUGGGCCGGUCUCAGGAG